AUUGCAUCGAAUCUCACGUGGUAUAUUAUUAUGAGGAAUGAAAUAAAAUUUUGCCAUUAAACAUAUUCGAGCAAAAUAGUGGCUAUCUUCCUUAUAAAAAUAUGUACCAUUUGCCUCAUCAUGACAUAAUUGGAGUUUUAUUUAUUUAUUUAUUUAUUUAUUUUUUUAUGACAAUGGAGCGAAUUCUUCGUAUGAAAGAGGGUAUGGGAGAAACUAGUUACGCCAAAAACUCCAUAAUUCAGAGAAAAGCGAUAAUAAUGAAAGUAAAAACCUUACUUGAUGAGAACUUGUUGAAAUUGAUGAUGUUGAAGAAAACUUCAAAUGGUUGUUGGAAAAUAGCCGAUUUAGGUUUCUCUUCGGGACCAAAUACACUUAUAGCAAUUUCUAACAUUAUGGAAAUCAUUCAUAAAAGUAGCUUAAAGUUAAACCAUAAGAAACUUGUAUUUCAAAUUUAUCUGAAUGAUCUAUUUGAAAAUGAUUUCAAUAAUAUUUUUAAGUUACUCCCUGAUUUCUAUCAAAGCAUGCAAGGAGAGAACUUUGGAGCAUGCUACAUGAAUGCAACACCAGGGAGCUUUUAUGGAAGGCUAUUUCCCAAUUAUUACAUCGACAUUUUUCAUUCUUCAUAUUGUGUCCAUUGGCUAUCACAAGCACCAAUAUAUUCGAAGAAGAAAACAGAACCACUCAUCAAAGGAAAUAUUUACAUAACAAGAGAAAGCCCUCCAUCGGUGUAUGAUGUAUAUCUUGAGCAUUUUGAAAGAGAUUUCAAUAAUUUUCUAAAGUCACGCUAUGAGGAAUUAGCAUUGGAUGGUGUGAUGGUAUUAACUUUCGUUGGAAGAGAAAACAAUGGUGAAAUUACUUCUUAUGAAGUACUUGGCAUGGUACUCAACAAGAUGGUCCAAGAGGGUUUAGUUGAAGAAGCCAAACUGGACUUGUUUAAUAUACCUAUAUAUCAUCCUACUAUAGAGGAAGUCGAACAAAUUAUUAAGGCAGAAGGAUCUUUUAUCAUCAAAACAUUGAGGACUUUUAAAAUAGGUUGGGAUGCAAACCUACAAGAAGAUAUGAAUGAUUAUGUUGUUGAUAGAAAAAUGAGAGGAGUAUUCAUAUCUAAAUACCAUAGAGCUCUACUCGAAUCUCUUUUAAUAGCUGAGUUUGGUGAAAAUAUCAUGGACGAAUUGUUUUCAAGGUUUGCAAAACUAAUUCAACUAUUUAUUGAGUUAAAGUCACCAGAUUUGAUGAAUAUAGUGUUAUUCAUGACUAAAAACUCUUGAAAAAGGUGGAGUCAAUAUUAUAACAUUAAUAUAAAUUAGAAUAACAAAUAAAUAUAUUUUUAACUACAUCAACAAUAAAUAAAAAUAAAGGUACUUGGUUAGGUAAAUAUUGGUCGAAGUGAAAAUGUUGUGUUAGUGAAUAUAUAUGAUAUAAUUACAAAGGUUUCAACGUGAGAUCAU